CAGUCGGGUGUACACUCAGACUCCCAGCACUUCGCUAUCGCGCCGCUCAGUUUCCCGAGCUGCAGAAAGUUUCGGGCAACUCCUGCGGCUGGGGUUGGGCAAAGCCAGGACUUAGCCUCCCAACUCCGGGAUAUGGAGCUGCUGUCGCCGCCGCUCCACGACGUAGACUUGACGGGCCCCGAUGGCUCUCUCUGUAACUUUGCCACAGCGGAUGACUUCUACGAUGAUCCAUGUUUCGAUUCCCCGGACCUGCGCUUCUUCGAGGACCUGGACCCGCGCCUGGUCCACGUGGGAGCCCUUCUGAAGCCAGAGGAACACUCGCACUUCCCUGCGGCCGUGCACUCGGCCCCGGGCGCGCGCGAGGACGAGCAUGUGCGUGCGCCUAGCGGGCACCACCAGGCGGGUCGCUGUCUACUCUGGGCCUGCAAGGCGUGCAAGCGCAAGACCACUAACGCUGACCGCCGCAAGGCUGCCACCAUGCGCGAGCGGCGCCGCCUGAGCAAAGUCAACGAAGCCUUUGAGACGCUCAAGCGCUGCACGUCUAGCAACCCUAACCAGCGGCUGCCCAAGGUGGAGAUCCUGCGCAAUGCCAUCCGCUAUAUUGAGGGCCUCCAGGCGCUACUGCGCGACCAGGACGCCGCGCCCCCUGGCGCCGCUGCGGCCUUCUACGCGCCUGGCCCGCUGCCCCCCGGCCGCCGCAGCGAGCACUACAGCGGCGACUCGGACGCGUCCAGCCCGCGCUCCAACUGCUCGGACGGCAUGAUGGACUACAGCGGCCCCCCAAGCGGUGCCCGGCGGCGGAACUGCUACGACGGGACCUACUACAGCGAGGCUCCCAGCGAUUGUCCCACAAUGGCAGGCCCUCAGUUUCCCCUCUGCCCCAAAGCGCUGGGCCCAGAGCCUGAGUCGUCUCCCGGCCCGCACGAGGCGGCCGCCCCGAGCGAGGAAGAUCGCAGCGCCCCCACACCAACCUCCGACGCUACCCAGCAGUGUCCCGCGGGCGCCAAUCCCAACCCCAUCUACCAGGUGCUCUGAGGGUGAGGGCGGCCGCGGCCGAGGACGCCAUUGUGCAUCGUCCGAGGGAUGGUGCCCCUAGGGUCCCAUGAGCCCAAAAGAUUGAGCUUAAGCGCCAACCUCCAUCCCCAACCGCGCUUUAAAAGCCACCCUUCCCAAGGGAGGAGAGGCAGACUGACGUGUUUCUGCCUCCUGCACCCCAGGGCAAAGACACGGUCCUUUUUUUCCACGCAGCACCCUUCCCUGAGACCCGCUGCGAUGGCCGUUAUGCACUCCUCCGUGGGCUAGAGCUGACCCUCGGGGAGUCAGGCCCUUCCUCUUUCUCGCAGCUUUCCCCGAUGGUGGGUGGGACCCGUGCAGACCUAAGCUAGGUUCCGGGACGCGGAGGUUGCUUAUGGGGGCGUGGCCUCUCCUUUCCCUAGCACUUGAAACAUCCUCUCUUUCCCACCGCCAGCGGGGUGCGCUCCGGUCCCAAGUGUAACAAGUUACGGUAACCACUCCCACCCCCUCCUCGUGUUCAGGACCACUUUUUGUAAUACUUUUGUAAUCUAUUCUUGUAAAUAAGAGUUGCUUUGCCAGAGCAGGAGCCCCUAGGGCUGUAUUUAUCUCUAAGGCAUGGUGUGCGGUGCGACAGGGACUUUGUAUGUUUAUACUGCAGGAGGGCGAGCCACGGGCGCUCGCUCAGCUGUUCGAAAUAAAAAGCUAAUUUAUACCGUG